GCGUAAACAGGGGUCAGUGUGAGUCUGGCAGUGGGCGCGGGAGGUGCUGUUCGACGUCGCCAGUGAUUUAGGCGUUUUGUCAUGUGUCUUUCGAUGGUUCGGUGAUUCGAGGUUUGUGAGUGACGUCGGGGAUUAGGUGGUGAUUUGCGAUCGGUGGAAAAGCGGGCGCGGAGUGUGGUCGUCGUUUCCGCGGAGUGUGCCCGGCGGAGGAGCCGAGUCUUCCCCAUGUUGAGGAGCCUGAGGUCCCUGGACGAGAAGACGCGCCACUUUUUCCAUUCCAGCUCGGAGUCGUACAAGCGGCCGCCCUACAGCAGCUUGGGGGCGGGCUCGGGCCAGGGCGCCACGUACGACUGGAUUUUCCGGGGGUCGGGGGCGAAUAUGCCUCCUCUGGUGCGGCCUCACGACCCUUCUGCGGCGGCGGCGGCCUACCUGAUGGGCUCUCCUGAGGGCGAUGUGAAGACCAAGCUCAAGUGCGUGCUGGUGGGCGACGGCUCCGUGGGCAAGACCUCGCUCGUCGUCUCCUACACCACCAACGGCUACCCCACCGAAUACGUGCCCACGGCCUUCGACAACUACAACGUGGUCGUCAACGUGGACAAUCAGCCCAUCCGACUCCAGCUCUGCGACACUGCAGGACAGAGCGAGAGUCAGCCGGUUGUUCGCGGAAGCAACAUCACGAAGGAUGACUUCGAUUCCCUCCGGCCGCUGUGCUACCCCGGCACCGACGUGUUCCUGGUGUGCUUCAGCGUGGUGUCGCCGACCUCCUUCCACAACGUGCGCGAGAAGUGGCUGCCCGAGCUGCGCCACCACAACCCCCGCGUGCCCAUCGUGCUCGUCGGCACCCAGAGCGACCUCAGGACAGAUGUGAAGGUCCUCAUAGAGCUGGCACAGUACCGCGAGCAGCCCGUGACGGAGGUGGCGGCGCGGCGCCUGGCCCACCAGAUCGGCGCCGUCGGCUACGUCGAGUCGUCGGCCCUGACGCAGCGCAACCUGAAGGAGGUGUUCGACCAGGCAAUCCUCGCCGCCCUCGAGGCCCGCAACAGCCCGCCGCUGUCCCGGGGCGGCUCCUCCAAGCGCUCCUUCUCAGAAACUCGGGAUGACUCUGUCCAUGAUGUGGUGAUGAACACUGAUGAUGUUUGA